UUAUGUCACUCCCAUGCUUGCAGAUCUAGGUUGUUAUUCAACUUUCUAAAAUAAAAUAAAUUGAAGCAACAACUUUCUAUUACAGAGCACUGUUAUUACUAACCUUAAUUUAACUCUUACACAGAAUGAAACCAAAAAUAAUGUUGAUUGAUAAGAUUAUUCCUCAUAAUGUUGAUAGAAGCAGUGUCAUUAGAAAUAUGAAGAAUAUAAGUGUGUCUUAUAAACAUAAUGAAAAUAAAUACUUAGUCAAUGUCCUGAGUAAAACGGGGCAAAGUUUUGAAGACACCGGGCAAAAUCAAAUCAGCAUCAAUGAUUUGUCAUUUCAAGUAGAGAAAAAGACCUUUACACAAAGAAUUCUAGAAAGUUUCAAGUCACCUCAACCAAGACAAAAGGUCAAGCCAAAGAAAAUAGUAAUAGAUUUUAGUUCACCGAAUAUUGCAAAACCAUUUCAUGCGGGACAUUUGAGAUCAACAAUAAUAGGAAACUUUAUUGCAAAUAUAAAUACUUAUUUUGAUAAUCAUGUAACUAGGCUUAAUUACUUAGGAGACUGGGGCACACAGUUUGGAUUGCUUCAGUAUGGUUUAAGAGCAAAGAAUAUUGAUGUAAAUGAUUUAAAGAAUGAUCCAAUUAGAUCUCUGUAUGAUAUUUAUGUUUAUGCCAACAAAUUAGCUUCAAAUGAUGAAAAUGUCCAAAAUGAAGCCAGAAGGUUCUUUUCAGACAUAGAACAAGGCAGAAUGAGUUUGGAAAACUGGAAAAAUAUUCGUCAAGUAACUGUACAGGAAUUGGAAAAAGUAUAUCAAAGAUUAGGCAUACAUUUUGAUGCAUACCAUUGGGAGUCAGAUUACAAUGGUGGUGCAAUCAAAGAUUUGAUGACAUCAUUACAAAACAAGAACAUUAUUCAAAAAGAUGAAUCUGGAAAGAUAGUAGCAAAAGUUAAUAAUAGAGAAGUAGCUGUAUUAAAAAGUGAUAAUUCAACCUUAUAUCUGUCUAGAGAUAUUGCAGCAUUGCUGGACAGAUACAAGCAGUUUGACUUUGAUAAAAUGCUGUAUGUAGUUGAUAAUGCUCAGACAGAUCAUUUUGCAGCACUCUUCGAGAUUGUUAAACAAAUUGAUCAGAAAUGUACAGAUGGCUGUGAACACAUCAAGUUUGGCAGGCUCAAAGGCAUGAGCACUAGAACUGGAAAUGUAGUAUUCUUGAAUGAUAUUUUCGAUGAAGCAAAGAAAAAAAUGCAUGAAAAACAAGCAUUAUCAAAGAAUACCCGCAGUGGCGCGAUGAAUGAAGAGACAUGUGACAUUCUGGGCACUUCAGCAGUGUUACUCAAUGAUUUAAAACAAAAAAGGCAAAAGGACUAUACAUUUAGUUGGGAUAAAGCUCUUCAGAGUGAAGGUGACAGUGCAAUUAAGUUGCAGUACCUUCAUUGCCGAUUAUGGAGUUUGGAACAAAACUGUGGAGUAUCAUUACCAGAUGACUGUGACCCAAACUAUAUACCUGAAGAAGUUAUCGGAGAUGUUAUAGCAGAACUGGCUGGAUUUGAACAUAGUCUACAUAGAUCUUUAGAGGAAUAUGAAGCCUGUAUCCUAGUCAAUUAUCUUUUCCGCUUAGCAAGGCAUGUAAAUAGGAUGUUCAAUAAAAUAAGAGUAAAAAAUGUUGAUUCUGAUUUGGCAGCACAAAGGUUACUAGUAUUUCACUGUUCGAGGAUAGUUCUCAAAACUGGACUGGAGAUUUUAGGUAUAAGACCUCUUAAUGAAAUGUAAUAUAAAUGUUUAUACGUACAUUAGUAUGAUAUAUAUUCAUAUUGUUCAUUGUAAUUGUAAUCGAAUAAAAAAAUACCAUUCAUGAA